UCCGGUCCUUCUCACUCUAUAAGAACCCCCUUUGGCCUCUGCACUUUCAAACCCAACUCACACAAUCUCUCAAAGCUCAUUACCUGCAGAAGCAACUCACUCGCUCACUCACUGCAGUCAACAGACAGAAAGAAAGAAAACCCUAAUUCUCUGAAAUAUGAAGAUGGGCAGCUCUGGCAGCAUGGCAGGCAGCAAGAGAAGGUUGUCUUCGUCGUCAAGCAAAGGACUCGGAGGGGUCCUGCGAGAGCAAAGAGCCAGGCUUUACAUCAUCAGGAGGUGUGUGGUCAUGCUCCUCUGCUGGCAUGAUUGAAAAUAUGACAUGACGAGAGAGGAGGAUUUUGGUUUUUCUUCCUAAUUUUCCUCCUUUUUCUUGUCGUAUCAAGAUCUUUGAUCUUGUUGGUGGAGUUGUAAAUAGCCAGCGGAUGUUUUUAGGAGAUUUGAAGAAAAUUUUGUAUGGGGUUUAGCCUUGUGGGGCUUAGAUAUAUAUGUACAUCGGAAUAGCCUAAAUAUAUAAACUUUGAUAUUGCAUUGUUCUUCCUCAGAA